AUGUAUUAUUAUGCAAUCUCUUCCCUGGUUCUCAGCCUCGUUGCUCGAGCUGGCGCACAGACAUAUUCAGCAACAUAUAUGCCGUCAGACGCACCUGACCACACGCAGCAAGGCCAAUACGGUACCAAUGCCUGCGGUGUGAGCUCUAGCCAGUCGUCAAUGUGCCAAAAUGCGUAUCUGAACUCCGUCGACGAUUUCUGCCUAUUUGCUCCACCCUAUCCAGGUUCAAACUCGACGAUCGGAGACACCGAACGCAUCGAGGUUUCUUGGUGUCUCAAGGACGGCUACGGCACGCGAGUCAUCCCUGACGGGAGUAUCACCGGCGCGCACUUCGUGCAGACGCCCGACUACAUCCAGGUCAUGGGCGUCGGCGACCUCACGCAGCUAAACAUUCCUGCGGGCGACACCGGUGGUGAGCUCGAUCCUCAUGGACAAGACGGGAACGGGAAUCCAAUUGGUGGACUGGUGUUUUCCAACGCGUUUGGACAGCUCGAGCAGCUGCAUGAAUGGACGAACUUUAUGUCAGACAGGCAGUUCUGCUUCCGUGCAUGCAAGCCGGGUCCGAUGGCGACCACAUACUGCCAGCAUAUAUAUGACGUUAUGGGCUGCGAUUGGAACAUGCCUGGGAACUACGACGCCGGCGUAUUCGAGCGCUGCUUAGGUGAUGACGGCGAGCCCAUGGGCGUGUACGGUACCUCGACGUUCAAACAGGGCCAGCCUACAACUCCAUCGGCGCACCCCGCGCCUCCAACCUCGAUGUGCACGACGUACGCGACUGUUGGGAAUGGGAUAUUCAUCCGCAGCGUGUCGACAGCGACGAACGUAUCGGCCGUCGCUUCUAUCAUGACGACGUCGAGCCCGAACUCUCUUGUGGUGGUCUCUGGCACUUCUGCCAUAUCCCGUCCGACCGCCACAGCUACAAUCAUACCCCCAAACAGAGGCAGCAUGCCCACCGGUUUGGCCAGAAGCUCGUACUCUGGGGCACGAUCGGCCAUCAGUCCGAUGUCGCAGGUUACGGUCAUCCUGGGUGCUGUCGUCCUUGGCAUAGCGUUCUGUUUCUAGCACUGGCUGCAAGAUUUUGCUGACAGAAAACACCGCUGUUCCGGGACCUCGAGGAAUCUGGUGAAUAUCAACUGGCAGCACAACGGACUGGGCUUUGGACUCGAACUGGCUAGAGGACUCGAACUAGGAUUUGGACUUACUUGGAUUGAACUUCUCAUCGCUAUCCACAAGACGCGGCUCGACAAUCGAAACGGAUGACAAGCGGUGAUUUCGCUAGACGGACGGACCGCACAUGUACUAUUCUUCUCGCUCCUUUCUUUGCGCCCUGUAAC